AUGGACACCAAGAUGGUGAUGCAGCGAGAGCAGGAGGAGCAGUCGUCCCAGAUGUCUCACAGCAUGCAGCUGUCAUCCCAGAUCAAGAAGAGGACCUUCACUUCCAGUGAUGAAGAAGCUUCCUACUCUGAUUUCUAUCCCAUCAUCUCCGCUGACCUGAUGUCCGUCAAGGAGAUCCUGAACAUGGACAACUUUCCCCACCACAGGACAUGGGACAUCCUGAAGGAAACUCUUGCUGAAGAGUAUCACAGAGACGAGUGGACCAUGUUUGGGAACGAGGCUGAGAAGGUGGAGCUGGACGUGAUCAGGAACCAGCAUGCUUUGCGCAGACGCGUCGACACAAUGGCCAUUCGCAAGCAGGUGAAAAAGGCAUCUGCCCACAUGAAGUACCUGGAGCAUCUGAGUCAGAAGGCCCCAGACUUUCCAAUCCCCCUGAGGGCUCACACUGUCUGGGAGGGCAUGACGGUCACACUCUCCUGUAUCGUCCAGGGCUGUCCACCCCCAAAGGUCACAUGGUUUAAGGAUAGUGUGCCACUGAGAAUGUCUGACCAGCCAUGGAAUUACAGUCUUCAACAAAAAUGUGGUCUUAACUCACUGGAGAUCAGAAGGUGCUCACCUGAUGAUGCUGGCGAGUACAAAGUGAUAGCCAAGAGUCCUCUGGGUGAAGCUCGGACAUUUGGAACACUUCUGGUGAACUCACAUCACGGAGCCGUGGCAGGUUCAGAGCACUGGCGGACCCCCGCCUUCAAUCGUGGGCAAGAAGCCCAAUUUGGAAACACCUUCCCCCCAACAUGGGUGACCGAGGGUGACAGCCUCACCCUGCAGGUGACCUUCACCUCCGCUUUGCUGCCCUUCCGGCAGGACGUCACCUGGUUCAGAGAUGGCAUCCAGCUGUAUCCGUCUAGCAAUGUGGACAUCAAGACAGUCGACGACAAGGCCUCCGUCACUUUAAAGGCUGCACACAAGAAGCACGAAGGUGUUUACACUGCCCGACUGAGGACCUGGGAUGAAAUGCAGGAGCACAGUGCUUUUGUCUACGUCGAAGAUGCAUCAGCUGCAGUGGUGGGAGGCCCGGCUUCCCCUCUGGCUGUCCAGGUAACCGACAUCAACAAGGACUAUGUCUUCCUUACCUGGCAGCCACCCAGUGCUGAUGGAGCCUCACCUGUUGAAGGUUAUUAUGUGGAAAGAUGUGACAUCAAUGAAGGUCAUUGGGUGCGCUGCAAUGUGCAUAUUCAGAAAAUGUGCUACUACCCGAUGUUUGGGCUCAAGGAAGGAACUCCGUACCAGUUCAGAGUUCGUGCUGUUAACCAGGCGGGAGCAGGGCGCCCCUCCAAGGCUACCGAGCCCGUCCUCACUGCAGACCCCCUGGAACACAGCAGGACCACAGUGGUCAAAGUAGACAGAGGGAGGACGGUCACCAUUACCAAAAAUGAACUCGAAGGUCGGGUCAAAGCUCCUUUCCCUCCCACCAAUGUCCACGCCUGCGAGGUGAGCGAAACCUACGUGGUGCUGAGCUGGACCGAGCCUGAACCCAGAGGCAGUGAGCCACUCACCUUCUACGUGGAGCGGUCCCUGGCAGGGAAGAGCAGCUGGGAGCUGGCCAGUCUGGACAUGGAGGUAAACUCUCCCAGGUUCCCAGUGUUUGACCUGGCCAAGGGCAAGCAGUACUGCUUCCGAGUGCGCUCCAUCAAUAAGUACGGAGUCAGUGACCCCUCUGAGCCGAGUGCCCCGAUCUCCUUGGCGAAGCCACAAGAGGUGCCAGCUCCACCUCACUCCGUCCUGGCCAUCAGAGACACGGACACCUCGGUGCUGCUCCAGUGGCAGGAGCCCGAAGCCAAGGACGACGUCCUGGGUUACUACGUGUACUGCAGCGAGAGUGGCAAACAAGACUGGAAGACUGUCAACAACAAGCCUGUUCCCAAAACCAGAUUUACAGUUCAUGGCCUCAAGAACCGAACGGAAUAUGUGUUCAGGGUGAAGUCGGUGAGCCGAGCAGGAAACAGCAGCUACUCGGAUGAGUCUCGCCCCAUUCUCGUCAAAGCGGCCAUUUCCGUUCCCUCUGCUCCCUCUGCCAUCGCCCUGCUGCUGUGCACUGGUUCGGAGAUGGUGUUGGGCUGGAGGGCCCCCGUCUGUCACGGGGGAGACCCUGUGCGUGGAUACUACCUGGACCAGAUGGACAAGAGCAUGGAAACGUGGAGGGAGGUCAACGUCGAGCCUGCCAAAGAGAGGCAGUUCAAGGUUUGCAACCUGACGAGUGGAAACUUAUACCAAUUCCGUGUGUUUGCUGCCAACAUGGCCGGCGUGGGGAAGCCCUCUGAGGCCAGUGAAGCUUUCCUGUGUGAGAAGUGGACCAUGCCAGAGCCAGGUUGUCCCUAUGACGUGCAGUUCAGGGAGGUGAGGGACGGCUCCCUGGUGCUGCUGUGGGCGGCUCCGCUGUACGAGGGAUGGAGCCCUGUCACUGGCUAUUUCCUGGAAAUCAGCCAGGGGGACCAAUCAGACGACUGGACUGCUUUGAAUGAAAAGCCGAUCUAUGACACACAUCACAAGGUGUCUGAUCUUCAGGCGGGUCAGACCUACCGUCUCCGUGUGUUGGCUGUCAAUGAGGCUGGAGUGGGCUGUGCCUCCCUGUCCAGUGAGCCAGUGACAGUCGAGUCCCAAACAGAUGCCAAAAAUGUCGAGAUUGGAGUGGACGACGAUGGUUUCAUCUUUCUGGGCUACGAGGCUGAUGACACUGACGACGAGAGCAAGUGUCUGUGGAACAAGAACUACACAGAGCCCAUCGAUGCCAGCAGGGCCCGGGCAGACGCCAAGAAGGACGGGUCGGUGCUCACCUUCACAGACCCCUCUGAGGAGGAUCUGGGUCUCUACACAGUUGAGAUGAGCGACAACUCAAACCAGUCGUCCAGCUACGACUUCACAGCUGAAGACCUUGAACGACUCAAAGAACUCAGCUGGCAAGUCAGAAAUCCACUGAUAGCCCUGAAGUCGGACUGGCAGGUGGAGGUUUCUGAGCAAGGCAACGUACGUCUUUGGCUUCAGACUGAGAGUCUGAGUGACGACGCUGAGCUCCGUCUCGUCUUCAAUGACCGAGAAAUCACCAGCGCGCCGCACCGUAAGAUCAACUUCGACAAGGCCAAAGGUCAGGUGGAGAUACUGUUUGACCAGCUCUCUCAGGAGGACGAGGGCUCGUACACAGCUCAGCUGAAGGACGGCCGCGCCAAGAACCAAUUCACUUUGGUCUUUGUGGAUCAGAAGUUUCAUCAGACGCUGGCCCUGGCUGAUAAAAAACGGCGUGACCAUCGGAGGAAAUCUGGACCGUACUUCCAGGAAUAUUUGCUGUGGAGUGUAAAUGAGGAAUGUGAACUGAUUAUAAAGUGCAAGGUGACAAAUACAAACAAGGACACGUCACUCAAGUGGUUUAAAGAAGGCGUGGCGGUGACCCGAGUUGUCUACGACCAGGCAUCAGGGGUCAGCACACUCACCAUCCCGCAGGUUACCAAGAAAGAGGCCGGUUCAUUCAGAGCGGUAGUGUCAGAUGGGAGAGGAGAGGACGUCAGCACAUUAGAGUUGCUGGAUGACGAGUAUGGCAAGCUUCUCCAGCAGCUGAGUAAACAGUGUGCAUUGUCUGCCAGCCCACUGGAGAUCCAGAGCACUGCUGUGGGUUUCAGGCUCUACUGCUCACUCAAAUACUACAUCAGCCACUUGAAGACCAGCUGGCACUUUAAGGAGAAGAAGAUUGGCCAGGAGGCCAGGACGAAGCCUGGCAGCAAUAUGGAGAAAGUCUGGAUUGAAAUCUGUAACCCAACAGAGAAUGAUAAAGGCAAAUACACUUUGGAGAUGUUCGACGGCAAAGAGACACACAAGCGGUAUCUGGACCUGUCUGGACAAGUGUUUGCCGAUGCCUUGCUGGAGCACCAGAGGUUGAAGCAAGCGGCCAUUGAUGAGAAAAAUCGGGCCAAAGUGACAAAGGGCCUUCCGGAUGUGGUAGCCAUCAUGGAAGGCAAGUCUUUGUGCCUGACGUGCUUCAUCGACGGCGAACCAGCCCCAGAGAUCACGUGGCUCCGGAACGACAAGGAGAUUGCUAACCAGAACCAGUUUGCCAUCACUAAGGAGCCCAAGUGCAGCACCAUCACCAUCAACGAUGUCAACGUGGCAGAUUCCGGAAAAUACUGCAUCUUUGUGCGUAACAAGUAUGGCUCUGAAACUGUGGAUGUGACCGUGAGCGUCUACAAGCACGGGGAGAAGCCUCCAACACACGCUGUGGAGAUGGGUUUUUAUGCCUGAGGUGAAUUAAGAGAAAGAUGAAAUUGAAGGUGGAUGGAUCAAUGGAUGUUGGAUGAUGCUGGUUUGUUCUUGUGUUAGGACAUUGACAUCGAUGGAGAUAUA